AUGAUUUCUAUCUUCUCCGAUACUUGCUCGAUCUUCAUGUAUAUUGCUACUAAUGGUAGUGACUCGGCCAACCUUAUACGAUCCGCGAGAUCAGGGUCUAAAUGGACACAACACGACCUCACCGCCUAUCGGAUCAAUGUCGUUCCCACAACUCUUCAAAACUUUUUUGGAAUACCUGCAUUCCCCGCCUUGCCAGUCACGUAUUCUCAGGCAAUCCUUUUGAACCUCAACCACCCACCCCCUGGCCCCAUUCCUUUAAGUGAACAGGAAGAAGACUUCUUUAUGCAUAUGUCAAACGUAGAAGAUCCUAGGUCGACUGAGUCUUCUGUCGACGCCUUUUUCCUCUGGCUCUACAGUUCCGGUGGACCCGUGCAGUAUAGCGGUAAUGGCCGCGGUGCGUCUCAAAAGCGUGAGUUCCGCUUCUGGAUGUCCGGCGAAAAGGUAUUCGCGAAGAACGAUAUAUAUUUGUGGCGUCAGUUGGGCUACCGCCGUUAUGUGCUUGUACAAGAGAACAAGGAACUCGGCUCACAAGCUGACCCAGAACCUCAACUCAUCGCCGAGGCAAUUGCCGCCUUUUCAGAAAACAACGAGGCACUAGUUCGAUCAGGCGCAAAUCCCCUCCCCUUCUGCGACAUCCCUGGCAUCACCGUGGUCGGAACCGCGCCGACCUUCUAUCUCAUUCGCGUUACCACAAACCUUAUCAAGGCCCUCGAACGAGCCAGAUUACCUGCCCAAGCAACAAUUGUCAAGAAGUACACACCACCUGUGCCAAACCCACAAGCAUACUUAACCGACGGCAUGCGCCCCCUUGCCAACAGAUACCUCAUCUUCCAGUGCCUCGAAGCUUUAAGAGCACUCAUCCCUAAAAUCAACCUGUGUAUUUCAUUCUUUUUCAAAGCCUUAAGAAUUUUCUACAUAGCAGAAUUCAUUGGCGCUUCUGGCCUCUUGUGCAACUACAUCCCACAACCUCCACUUUGGUCAACUAUCUCGAGCUCACACUUCCUUUAUACUAUGUUGAGCACGCAUACCCGUCACCUCAACAACUCGGAGCAUAGAACCAUGAUCAAGAGCGACGCAGUCUUCAUCUUCAACAUUGAGGAGAGCAAGAUUAAGCAUUGGACUAGUAUUUAUAAGAACAACGCUUCCAAACAGUUCGCGCCUACCGCUCAUAGAAAGGAGGGAUUCAGCGAAGUACACUUGCCAAAUUUUGGCACUAGCUCUGCCCCUACUACUGCUUCUGUUACCCCGGCUACCUUCGCGCCUCUCUGUUCAUCGGAGGUCGCAGCACUCAUCUCCUCUCCUCCCGAUGUCAAGCUCCUUUCGUUCCUCGCCCGCGGAAUCCAUGAGCAGAAGCACGACGACGGCGUCGUCAAAGAGUUGGUCGAGCUUCUGGACAACGGCUGUGGCUUAUGCGAGCGACGCAGCGCCUCUAAUUCAAACAGGGGUUGCCACACGGAAUCGGAGAACGAGAGGCGCGAGGGAGGCACCGACAAAAGUGAUAGUGCGUGGAAUUUGACGGACGUGCGGACUGGGGAAAGGGGAACAGUCCGUCGACAUUCGCGCGAGGUGGUAUCCGAGAAUUCCAGCGCCGGGGAGAAGGUACUUCGUUACCAAUGUCUCCUUGAGGUUGAGGCUAGCUCAGAUCCUCCAUGGCAUGAGCUUGUGGUCCAGGCGGUCGCUUGA